GUGUAUUUAAAGUUGCUCGGUACAGUAGUUUGGAGGUCAGUGUUGUUUUGCUGCUAGCUUUGUUUAUUAGUGUUAAAGUAAAGCCACAACUGAUGAUGAAGGCUCCUCUGCUGCUGAUUGUGGCUGUUUGGUUAAACACUCAGUACGGCGACUGCACUCUCUCCUCUUCAUGCUCCUAUCCUCCAUCAAAGUGGUGCUCAUCUCUGGACUCAGCUAUCCAGUGCGGGGUUCUGAAGCAGUGCCUUGAGUCCAACUUCACCAGGUCCCAUCAGACAGCAGAUAAAGUCAACGUGGGGCUUUACUAUGAGAGCCUGUGUCCCGGCUGCAGACAGUUUCUCAGUGAGAUGCUCUUCCCCACCUGGGUCUUGCUGAAUGAGAUCAUGACUGUUACUCUGGUGCCCUACGGAAAUGCAGUGGAGAAACCUGACGGACAGAAGUAUACUUUUGAGUGCCAGCAUGGAGAACAGGAAUGUCUGGGCAACAUGAUUGAGACUUGUUUACUCAACAUGACCGACUAUGCUUUCCCAGUCAUCUUCUGUAUGGAAUCCUCAGCUGAUGUCAUCAAGUCAGCCAAGAGCUGUGUGGAAAUCUACACCCCUCAACUGAGCUGGGACACCAUCAUGAGCUGUGUGAAAGGGGAUCUGGGAAACCAGCUGAUGCAUCAGAAUGCCCUGAAGACCAAAUCCCUCAACCCUCCACACGAGUAUGUGCCCUGGGUGACCAUUAAUGAGGAGCACACAGAGGAUUUGCAGAACAAAGCCAUGUCUUCUCUCUUCACUCUGGUCUGCGGCAUGUACAAGGGCACCAAGCCCACGGCCUGUGGGGGGAGCCAGAGACACUACAAAAGCUACUGCCAUAAUGAGUGAAGGAGCAGCACUGCACAUGCAUUUACGCUUGCUCUGUUCCAGGUGUGGCCACUAGAUAAGCAACACUGAGGGAUGCCAUCAUUUUUAAUGUGUGAUUUUCUGAUCUGUUUCUAUAAAGGGAAAAAUUGAUCACCUCAACUUACAAUU